AUGGCGAACGAGUCGACGCCUCUGAUCCAGACGGUCCGCGUCGGGCCUCGCACUCGGAAGUACCCCCACAGCACCUGGCACCGCUUCUUCAUCAUUGCUAGCGCUUCCAUCCUCAUCACUGGCUUCACCUCAUUCAUGAUCCAUGCCACUUUCAUCUGGCCAUACGAAUAUCGCCACGGACACCGCAGCCGAUACGCUGGCUCAAUUGCCAACGGCUUACCCCACGAUGAGCUGGAGUCCAUCAUCCUGGACACCCCGUCUAGUGACAAGGCCGCCGAGUGGCUCGAGUACUACACCUCGGGACCCCAUCUCGCCGGGAAGAAUCUGUCGCAGGCCGAAUGGACGCGGGAUCGCUGGCAGGAGUGGGGUAUCGCAUCUGAUAUUGUGGCGUACGACAGCUACCUCAACUACCCCCUGGACCACAGUCUCACCCUUCUGAGUAAGAACAAGAGGAAGUCGUCCAACGCCGGCGACUGGGACGUCGUGUUUGAAGCCUCGCUGGAGGAGGAUAUCAUUGAGGAGGACCCUACCUCCGGUCUCGUGGACCGUAUCCCCACAUUCCACGGCUACUCAGCCACCGGCAACGCUACGGCAUCCUUUGUCUAUGUCAACUACGGCACCUUCCAGGACUUCCAGGAUCUCAUCGAUGCCGGUAUCGAUCUUCGGGGGAAGAUUGCCAUCGCCAAGUAUGGCGGCAUCUUCCGCGGACUCAAGGUCAAGCGCGCCGAGGAUCUCGGAAUGGUCGGUGCUCUGAUCUACAGCGACCCAGGCGAUGACGGCGACAUUACUGUCGAGAACGGAUACGACUACUACCCCAACGGACCAGCUCGUCGCCCCAACAGCGUCCAGCGUGGAAGUGUACAGUAUCUCAGCAUCCACCCCGGCGACCCCACAACUCCCGGAUACCCAUCUAAGCCAGGAGUCCCCCGCGCCCCAGUUGAUGGCGCAAUCCCCAGGAUUCCUUCCAUCCCCAUCUCCUACACUGAUGCACUCCCCAUCCUGAAGGCUCUCAACGGCCACGGUCCCAAGGCGACCGACUUCAACAAGUACUGGAACCGAAACAACGGCCUCGGCUAUCUGGGCGUUGAAUACCACGUCGGUCCCUCUCCAGAUGACGUUGUCCUGAACCUGAACAGCCAGCAAGACUACACCAUCACUCCCAUGUGGGACGUCAUUGGCAUUGUCAACGGAACCAUCCCUGAUGAGGUGGUGGUCGUGGGCAACCACCGCGAUGCCUGGAUUGCAGGCGGAGCUGCCGACCCCAACAGCGGUUCAGCCGCCCUCAACGAGGUCAUUCGCAGCGUGGGCACCGCCAUAGAUGCCGGAUGGAAGCCUCUACGGACCAUCGUCUUUGCCAGCUGGGAUGGCGAGGAGUACGGACUGGUGGGCAGCACCGAGUGGGUCGAGGAAUACCUGCCGUGGAUCAAGAACGCCAAUGUAGCCUACGUCAACCUCGACGUCGCCGUCUCAGGCCCCAACUUCGCGGCGGGUGCCACGCCGACGCUCCACCAAGUCUUCCGCGACGUUCUGUUCAAGGUCCCGUCGCCGAACCAGACGGUCGAGGGCCAGACUGUCGGAGACCUGUGGGACGGCACCAUCUCCCCACUGGGAAGCGGCAGCGACUUCACCGCAUUCCAGGAUUACGCCGGCGUUCCCUGCAUGAACCUGGGGUUCAAUGGCGGAGGCAAGGACGCCGUGUACCACUACCACAGCAACUACGACAGCUUCACCUGGAUGAGCAAGUACGGCGAUCCUGGGUUCAAGUACCAUAAGGCCAUGGCUCAGGCGAUGGGCCUCGUCAUCACCACUCUCGUGGACAGCAUAGUCAUUCCGUUCCAGGCCGCCGACUACGCCGAGGCCCUGGAUACCUACCUGGACAAGAUUGAGACCAAGCUGGAUGCGGCUACCAGAGAGCACGACGAUGACGGCGAGUCCGAAUCCGAACAAGACGUCUUUCUCGUGCGAGGGCAGGUUACGCCCGGUGCGGUGACGGGAAGCCCCGACGCCCUGAGGGAGAGCCUGUCGGCCAUCCGCAGGGCCAUUGCGGCCUUCCGCAUCAAGGCGCUCGAGACGGACGAGCUGGCUGCGUGGGUGAACGAAGAGCUCGAAAAUGGCAUUCCCUGGUGGAACUUGGUCAAGAAGUACCAGCUCGCCAAGGCUGUUCUGAGCCUGAACAACAAGUACAAGUAUCUGGAGAGGGGGUUCCUCUUCGAGGGCGGACUCGACAGUCGCAGCUGGUUCAAGCACGUUGUCUAUGCGCCGGGGCUGUGGACUGGGUACAGCGGUGCCGUCUACCCCGGACUCACCGAGAGCAUCGAUUCCAAUGAUUACAGGAGGGGUCUGAAGUGGGCUGGGAUUAUCGAGGUGGCCAUCAACAAGGUUGCAGCUAGCCUAGGUUGA